AUAUAGUAGGAGUUAUAUCACGUUAUUACUGUUGUCAUAAUAAUGACUUGCUUUUUUCGAAAGGCUCCAUUAGAUGCAUCUGCAUUGUGGCUGCAUUUUCUUGCUCAACCGAAACCGGCCAAAUGACCAUUCGAAGGCGGCGGGGAAGGCGAGCAUUCCGUAAAUUAAGAUGAUGAAAAGACUUGGAGUCAUACAAAAGUCGACCAAACAGACUAGUCACCUAAUUAUCCUAUUACUCACAUCCGCCCACUCCAUUCUCUUUCAUCAAUUGUAUUUAAGAGAUACCUGAGACUUCUUCAACCGACUGUCAAUUAUUACAGUCAUUCGUCACCAUGGUUAACCGUUCAGAUGUCCAUUACUUCGGCGCGGGCCCCGCACCCCUCCCCACCACGGUGCUUGAGCAGGCCUCGCAGGUGCUCUUGAACUAUAACAAUAAAGGCAUUGGCCUUUGCGAAAUCUCUCACCGUUCACCAGAAGCGAACGAAAUACUCGCAAACACCAAGCAAUCGCUUGCUACUCUCCUCGACAUCCCCGACGACUAUGACAUUCUCUUCAUGCAGAGCGGCGGCACUGGCGGGUUUAGCUCAACAGUAUACAACCUAGUAUCGAUAUGGGUGGAGAAGAAGCGGGCUAAGAUUGCAGAAGAGGUUGGAGAUGACAAGGAAGAGGUGCUCAAGAGGUUGCGAAAGGUCGUUGACGAAGAAUUGAAGCUUGACUACCUCGUCACUGGCUCAUGGUCGCUCAAGGCUUCCCAAGAAGCUGCGCGCCUGGUUGGAGCCAAACAUGUCAACGUCGCAGUCGAUGCCAGGAAGUCAAAUGAUGGAAAGUUUGGCAGCAUCCCGCCCGAAUCGGAAUGGAGCCUCACCCCCCGAAAGGCCGGCGGACCCGCCUUUGUGUACUUUUGCGACAACGAAACCGUCGAUGGCGUCGAGUUCCCUUCCUUCCCCGCCAGCCUGGAGGGUGACGACGCCCCCUUGGUGAUCGCCGAUAUGUCCUCGAAUUUCAUUUCGCGCAAGGUCGACGUCUCCAAAUAUGCUGUCAUCUUCGGUGGCGCGCAGAAGAACAUUGGUAACACUGGUAUCGCAAUUGUCAUCCUCCGCAAGUCCCUUCUCCCUCCAACCUCCGCCUAUGCUUCAGCGGAAACUCUGAGGGCACUCAACCUGCCAGUGGGACCUAUCGUCCUGGACUAUCCUACGGUCGCAAAGAAUAACUCGCUCUACAAUACCUUGCCCAUCUUUGAUGUCUGGGUCGCAGGCCAGGUCAUGGCUGGACUGGUGACGACAUAUGGUACCAAGAAGAUUGGAGGACAGGAGGACGUAUCCAAUGAGAAGUCCCGUCUAAUCUACGAGACUCUUGACAAAUAUCCGGAUGUGUAUCGAGUCGUACCCAGCAAGGCUGCUCGGAGCAGAAUGAAUAUCUGCUUCAGGGUCCACGGCGGGGAUGCUGACAAGGAGAAGGCAUUCCUUGCCGGAGCCGAGAAGAAAGGCCUUCUCGGUCUCAAAGGCCACCGCAGCGUGGGCGGAAUACGUGCUAGCAAUUACAAUGCAGUUUCUACGGACGGAGCAAAGUUACUUGUGACAUAUUUGGACGAAUAUGCAAAGUCGGCAUGAGUGGCAAAGGCAUAAUGGCAUGACAGUUACAUGCGAAAAAUUACAUGAGCAGGCGUUCCGCUAUACAAAAAGUCUCCCAUUUCCACCUUGUUAAACCAUGGUGGCGUAUCUGGCUGUGUAGAAGGCUCAUUCAACAUGAUACCCACCUUUAGGAGAGAACACAAUCAAUCUACUCGGUGCUGAUUCUUCCAAGGCAUUUACAUCAUCCGCCCCUGGUGCAGACCUCCGAAUCUGCCUAU